AAGUUGGCUGCGAUCCGCCAAUCAAAUUCAACAACUUUAAAGAAGAAGAAAUGAACCGACAAGAUUCCUGGGGGUGUCCUUAUUCCUAAGGUUCCAACGUUCUCUUCUCAGCAAAAAACACACACACACAACUAUUGCCACACAUUACUGCUACUAAGCCUGUAGCAGUAAUGAUUCAAAGUGAUUAUAGAGAGUGGAAAUUUAUGAACUUAUACGUUACCGAUAUUGGAUCAACUCUCUCUGAAAAACAUGGAGUGACAUCUGUGCUGUUGACAGAAGGAGGUUUGUCUCCCCGUCAUGGAAAGGAUAAAGCAGCCCAGCGGACAGAGGUUUCCCACCGGACGAGGACCCCCCAAAUACGUCUUCAGGGUGCGAGGCGGGAGGUGCGAGGCUUCUGCCCUGGGGCCGACCUGGAGGGUGAUGAUGGCGAAAUGACCCAAACGAGGACACAGAAACGUAGCGCCAGAAAGAUGAGAGUUAAAGAGAGGUCAAACGUCAACCCUCAGGGUUUUGAGUCAGAGAUAAAUGAAAUCAACCCGUUGACGAGGAAAAUGGGGAAAAGACAAACAAGACAAACUCAAGCAAAGUUCAUAAGAGAAGAGGAAGAUGUUGACCGUCAAGCGACAGACACUGAAGAGACUUCAUGCACAACCAAAAGAUAUGUUGUUCAGGACCAGGAUGAAGAGACUAUGUAUACUGAAACCCAGUGGAGAUCAAGGAUCAGGACAUCUGACAAGAGCUGCAACACCUCUUCUGAAUGGCUCACGUCUGAAAGUGGUGGCCUGUUGAACACACCAGAGAGUGUCUUGGCGGUUAAACUGAAGAGCUCAUAUAAGGAGAGGAGUGACUUGCUAGAGGAAGUGAUGUCAGAGGAAGAGACAGAACAGGACCCUUUUCCUGGAAAGAGAAAGAAAGGCUCAAAAAGGACAAGCAAGAAGACAGGACAAUUGGAUCCGGAUGUUUAUUUGGAAAACGAUGAUUCGAAGAAGGAUUCAAAUAGGAAGAACGAUGCUAAAAUGACUCUGCGAAAAGGCAAAAAUCAAGGCACCAAGAGGUCAAAGACAUCUGGCGUGAGAAAGACCCGAGUGAAAACAACCCACACGUGUAGCUUCUGUGAGAAGGUUCUGGCGUGUAAGGCCGCCUUAGACCGACACCUCCUCAGUCACUCGGGUGCGAGGCCGUUCCACUGCGACGAGUGUGGGAAGAACUACAGAAGCAAAAUGACGCUUAAGGUCCACCAGCAGAACCACACGGGGAAGAUGGACUUCAUCUGCAACGACUGCGGGAAGCAGUUCACCCACAUGACCUACCUCAGGCGCCAUAUCUACAGCCACAACAACAAGGAACUGAGGCCACACCACUGUCUGGACUGUGGGAAACACUUCAUCCAGAAAUCCCACCUGGACCGCCACAAACUCAUCCACAGCGGAAUGAAGCCCUUCGUCUGUCAGCACUGCGGCGCCGCCUUCAACCGGCCCGAGGGCCUCCGCCAGCACCUGCUGGAGCACGCGCCCGUGGGGCAGGGCGGCCGGCCGGCGCACAAACACCAGUGCCUGGUGUGCAGGAAGACCUUCGCCACGUUCAAGUUCCUGCAGGACCAUAUCAAGAGCCACACAGGCCAGCGGCCGCACAGCUGCCCUCACUGCUCCCGGGCGUUCUCCCAGCGCUGGCGGCACGACGAGCACGUCCGCUCGCACGCACAGGAAGGAGCGCCCUCGCCAGCAGGUCCGGCCCUCGAGCGGCCCCCUGAGCAGGCCCCCUAGAGCUGGCCCCCUGAACCGGCCCCCUGAGCCGGCCCCCUCGAGCCGGCCCCCUGAGCCGGCCCCCUGAGCCGGCCCCCUGAGCCGGCCCCCUCGAGCCGGCCCCCUGAGCGAGCACAUCGGACGAGAAAGCACAGAGUGGCCUUUUACAAGCAGAGAAUAGACCUGCUGGUUUACAUUUACUCAUUUAUUCAUUUAGCAGACCAAAAACUUUGCGGGUAGUCAAAACAUGAAGCAUACAUUGUGAAAAGCAAAUAAGUGCCAAUGGGUACAACCAGAAAGAGCAUGUCGUUAAACUAAUUACAAUUAAACAACAUGAUCCUCGAAAGUGCUAGAGUGUACCUGGAGGAAAACAAGCCACAUUAAUAUAAUUCACAGCGAGUACAAGUAGUUAAAUCGGUUAACUAACCAACAAGUGAAACACAUACCUAAAUAAGUGUAACAUUAAUCAACGCAGGGGGGGGGGGGGGGGGGCACAAAACCAUUCCGUCUUCCAUCAUAUUGGGUUUUUGGUCAUGUCGACACCAUCAGUAGUUCACCUCCCUCUACAUACCUUGAAGUUCAAAAUCAUGGUUGCAUCACUAGUGCGCAGAUUGAGAUUAUUACAGAUUCUUUUUUUACAGAACACCCUACAUAUGUAAUACUUUCAUUAAUGAGUUUAUGAAUUGGAUCCUCGUGUGCCGACUCUUUCAAGGAAGUUUUUUUACGUUUGUGUUUCUAAGGCUUCUUGGUAACCUUUACUGUCUACUCUUGUGUAAUUAAUUCUAAUCAUUUA